GGGGAGGGGUUGUCCGUAAAUUAAGUGGAAGUCGGUCCAUUUUUGCAGAUCUGGUUUUGACGUCCAAAGUUGAACCAACGACAUCCAAAUCGCCGCAAGAUCAGUGCCGAAAAAUGGCCAGAUCCGCCGCCGUAUCUUCCAUUUUCAUCAUCCUGUUGAUGAUCACCGCCAUCGUUAUGUGUGAUGCCGAAGCAUCAUCCGUCGAUUUUGUCAAGAAGACCGUUUCUUCUCACUCCAUUGUCAUCUUCUCCAAAUCUUACUGCCCGUACUGUAAAAGGGCUAAAGGUGUAUUCAAGGAGUUGAAUAAGAAGCCUUAUGUCAUUGAGCUGGAUGAGAGAGAGGAUGGGUGGAAAAUCCAGGAUGCUCUGAGCGAGCUGGUUGGAAGGCGUACGGUUCCACAAGUGUUCAUUAAUGGAAAGCACCUUGGAGGCUCGGAUGAUACUAUUGAAGCUUAUGAAAGCGGACAACUGGCUAAGCUUCUUGGCAUUGAUUCGGGGCAUAAAACCGACCUUUGAGCUUCAACAACUUCAAAAUGACGUCCAUCGUCCAAUAUUUUGUGUUAUACUACAAAUCGAGAUGUCUUCAGUUUGGUCUUUUUAAUUGAUAGAGACAUUAGAAAGCCAUGGAUAGCUUCGGUUUAUGAUGAUGUCAAAAUGUGUACAACGAGAAUAGCGAUUGAUAUUCUGUUAUAAACGAUCGUCUUCUUCCUAAUAUUUACGCCUA